AUGAAAAAAAUCAGAGCGUAAAGACCACGUCGUUUGAAAGAAGUCUUGAGAGCUGUUUGCUACAUGGCUGCGACUGCUCUUUGUGUCCACAAACCAAACAGGGCUUCCGAUCCAUUUCUAUCUGAGAGAGUCCGUCAUUAUUAUGGUUCUUUUUCUCUCUCACUGUUCUUUCUCCUUACACCUACUACGUAUUGAAUAUCAAGACCUGAUAGGCCCCCCUCUUUAUAGACUGGAUCCAACUCAGUCAAUACCCAUUUUCAAAAGUAUUCUCUAUUGCGCUGGUAUAGGCUAGCUGCUAGCACACUUCCUCAUUCAUGCAUAUUCCUUUAAUUUCCAAGAACAACUUUUGUAGCAAGUUUCCAAGGUCAUGGUCGUCUCAAGGUCAAGAAGCCAUCUGAUUACAUACAUUCUGCUGGUUUUGAUCCCUAAUGCAGCUUCAAUUACCUUUAAUUUGCCAAAUAUCCGUCCAGAGAAUCAGAACCUGGACAUAAGAACAGAAGGCGAUGGAGCUUAUAUCUCCGACAGUGGAAUUCAGGUGACCCCAGAUGGAAUUGGUUCUAUUCGCAGUCAGAAAGCAGGCAGGGCUACAUACAUCAAACCAUUUCAUCUUUGGGACAACAGAUCUAAAGAGCUUGCAAGCUUCUCUACCAAUUUCACCUUCCAGAUUGAUUCAUAUGGGGAUUCAAUUUAUGCUGAUGGCCUCACCUUCUUCCUGGCAGAGAAUAAUUCCAUUAUAUGUCGCGGUGGUGCCAUGGGGCUUCCGGUCAACGCAACAACCAUUGUUGCCACAAACCCGUUUGUUGCAGUAGAGUUUGAUACUUAUUUUGAUGAUGGUUGGGACCCAGUAGGUGACCAUGUAGGUAUCAGUAUUAGUUCUCUUACUUCUGUUAGGCAUCAUGAUUGGCGUAGUAAUAUAACUGGUGGGGAGGUGUGUCAAGCUUGGAUAACAUAUGAUUCUGUUUCAAAAAAUCUUAGCGUUUCUUUCACUGGUUUUAAAGAUGAUAAGCCGCUUGUGUACACAGUUGAUCUCAGGAAUGAGUUGCCAGAAUGGGUUAUUUUCGGGUUUUCAGCUGCAACUGGAGAUUUAUUUGAGAAAAAUAACGUAAAAUCUUGGAGUUUCACGAGUUCUGAUUUACAGGUUGAUGAAAACAAGACAAUGUCAACAAACCCACACCCAACAGUGAGCCUGCGCCCCCACCCGAACCCGAACAUGACCUCGAACCCCAGCCAAGAUCCAGUGGAUCACAACAACAGCAUGGUGCGAUUGGUAAUUCCAUUAGUGGUUGCAGUUGCUUUGUUUGCUGUGCUUGCCUUUGUGCUAUGGAGGUGGAAGAAAAAGAAAAGUCUGAAAGAUGAAGAUAAUGAACUCGGAUUUGAUAUUGAUAUGAACUAUGAAUUCGAAAUGGGCACCGGAGCAAAAAGAUUUUCUUACCAAGAAUUAACUCAUUCGACAAGUGAAUUUUCCGAGAAUGAGAAGCUUGGUGAAGGAGGUUUUGGUGGGGUUUACAGAGGUUUCUUGAAAGAUUCCAACACGUAUAUCGCAGUGAAAAGGGUGUCAAAGAGUUCCAAACAGGGGAUCAAGGAGUAUGCAUCGGAAGUAAAGAUCAUAAGCCGAUUGAGGCACAGAAACCUUGUCCAACUCAUAGGUUGGUGCCACGAGAAAGGCGUGCUCCUCCUUGUUUAUGAGUUUAUGGAAAACGGAAGUUUAGAUUCACAUCUCUUUAAGGCAAAAAGCUUGUUGACAUGGGGGACAAGGUAUAAAAUAGCCCGUGGGCUUGCCGCUGCUUUAAUGUAUCUACAUGAAGAAUGGGAGCAAUGUGUUUUGCAUAGAGAUAUCAAAUCGAGUAAUGUGAUGUUGGAUUCAAAUUUCAAUGCUAAGCUUGGCGACUUUGGAUUAGCUAAGUUGGUUGACCACGAGAAGGGCUCACACACAACAAUGUUGGCUGGAACCUUGGGUUACAUGGCUCCAGAAUGUGUAGUAACUGGGAAAGCAACCAAAGAAUCCGAUGUAUUCAGCUUUGGAGUUGUUGCACUGGAAAUAGCUUGUGGGCGAAAACCCAUUGAGUACUUGGUUCCGGAAAAACAAAUAAGAUUAGUACAAUGGGUUUGGGAGCUCUAUGGGAGCGGGAUACUUUUGGAAGCGGUUGAUCCAGGUUUAGGGUUAGAUUUUGAGGAAGAAGAAGUAAAGCGGUUGAUGAUCCUUGGGUUAUGGUGUGUGCACCCUGACUCUGAUUUUCGUCCAUCAAUGAGACAAGCAAUUCAAGUACUAAACUCAGAAGCAUCCCUACCUAUACUCCCCUCAAAGAUGCCAGUGGCCUCUUAUGUGUCUUCGCCCAUUUCUUCUUCAUAUAGCGAUGCAUCCAUCGUCAAAACCCAAUCAUCAUGAAGCAACAAAUUUGACAAAGGUCGUUCCUAAUAUCAAAAACCAAGCUUACGUCUAGUGGUCUUAGCAUUAUUAUAACUAUUGUGGUAUUUUUGUGUAAUCUAGUGAUUAAUAUUGUCGUUAGAAACAGAAACAGAUGAUUGAUUUUGAAGGUCCCUUGCGAAAAUAAAAAAUAGGCUCCAAUUGUAUUUGUUUUAUGUAAUCAAAACUUAUUUAUAUAUAAGUCGAUAAUUUGUAUAAAA